AGAUUAUGUUACUAUAUAUGAUGUGCCCGUGUAUAUACAUACAUAUAUACAAAUUAAUGUAAUCAUGGCAGUGACAUCUGACUCCCUUGUCAUAUUCCAUUGGUUAGAAUUCAUGGGUCCUGCUCACACUCAGGUGUGAAUACAGGGGCCACCCUAGGGUCUGUCCACCCUGUCUGCAAACCACUGUUAAAAACACUGUAUUGCGUCUGUCAAGCUAUUAACAAUUAAAUUCAGCACUUGAAGUGACAUUGACCUUCAAGUCCUAAUGAAUCCUGCCCCAAGUGUUUCAGCAAGUGUUUCAGAAGAAAACUUAGCCUUUGGAACCCUUGUCCUUAAUUUAAAGUCAAAAUCAAGGGAAGUGGAGGCGAGAACUAAUUUAGCAAAGAAGUGAAAAACUUGCAAGUAAUUUAAGCCUGUAAACAGACCAGUUUUCUGCACAUUCAGUCCUUUCUCCAUUCAUUAGCCUGACAUACAAUCAAAGGUAGUGGAUUAGUUUCCUAUUGCUUCUGUAACAAAUUAUCACAAAUUUAGUCGCUGAAUAUGACACACAUUUGGAUCAACAAGACUGCGUUCCUCCUGGAUGCUCUAGGGAAGAAUUGAGGUGCUUGCCCUUUCCAGUUUCUAGGGGUGGCUUGCAUUCCUGGCUUGUGGUCCCCCAGGACCCAGGCCUCUCCCUCCCUUAUUCCAACCCUCCUACCUUUCUCUCAUAAGACCUGUGUGGUUGCAUUUGGCUCAGCUGGAUAAUCCAGGAUAAUCUUCCCACCUCAAGAUCCUUAAUCACAUCCGCAAAGUCCACUUUUGCCACGUAAGGUAGCAUAUUCACUGGUUCUGAGGAUUAGGAUGUGAACAUCUUUGAGGUACCAUUUUCCCGCCUGCCAUAGAUAGUGAUUCCAGCUUAACAAAAAUGUAAUAUGAAUUAUAUAAGAUAUACAUACUAAUCAUAUGCCUUCAUAGGUUUUAGGAUGUUCCCUAUAUAAUAGAUAUUGGAAAACAGAUAUUGGGUAAUACUUAAAACACUUUGAAUUUUAUACAAUGAAAAUAUUUCUCUCAUGUAUUAUUGUCAGUUAGAGACCACUCUUAGGUUCUGCAUAUAAUAUUGAAAAAAGUAUUGUGAAAAACACUAAAGGUCUCAGGCUGCUGCUUUUUUUGAUGAAGCUCUUUGCUAACUUUCUGUUAAGUGUUUGUAAUUAUCUACAAAGCUGGUCUCUGGGUAUCAUUCUACUUUAUGAAUUUCUAAAAGGCACAAGGAAAAGUGACUACAUGUAAGGCCACACAACUAAUCAGAGAAUAUACAGGUAGUGAUUAGACUUUCCAGUUGAAUAUUUGGGAUCUUUAUCUUCUAAUCUGUUAGACGACUAUGUCUCCUGUAUCUUGAUAUAUGGCUAUGACUGAAUCUUGUAAAGAUUGAAGUGUGAUACCUCCACACCCUGUGCUGUACAAGAACUAGACAGUAGCAAGGAAGGUACAGUGGGGUUUGAGGCUCCAGGAAGUAGACCGUGUGUAUGAUUCAUGGAACUUAUCUGCCAUCUUGCCCAAUUUUCCAAUGUCAAAGAUGCUAUAAUUUUCCUGUGUUUAAAUUUUUCCAUAACAUUAGUCACAUGGCUCAUACCACCCCACGCCUAGUGACACAUGCUGUGGGGCAAUUAUAUUUCUUCUUAACCAAGCAAUGAAAAGGCAAUUACCAAAAUUUGGCAUAUAUUACCAGAAGGGCAAGUCAUUUCAUACCAUGAGAAACUGAAACUUUUCAAUCUACAUCUCUUAAUGAUUAAAGUGUUAAUUUCUAACCCUUAGAAAUUUAUGGUUAGCAUUAAAAAUAUCAAAUGCUUCUCCAGUUUGUAAGUGUAAGGCCAAAUUAAGAACCUAAAAAUUAAAACACAAUUGAUAGGCUGGGGGUGGAUUAAUGAUUGUGCAUUGAGCAUUGACUCCCCUAUACAGAAUUGUACUGUUGUUAACAACCAUUUGAUCAAUAAAUAUGAGAGAUGCCCUCUCAAAAAAAAACAAAAAACACAGUUGAAAACAUAUUUAAUAUAAAAACUAAGAGACAUAAUGUCUACUCUUGGGGGGAAAAUACGGACACCCGGAACGGUUGAAAUGAAGAUGUGCAGAGGCAGCCAGGAAAAGGAUUUCAACACCUAACAGUGGUUAUGUGGCACUUUUAAAUUCAACCGGCAACUUAGUCUGUCUGAAACGCAAACAACGUCAGAGAGGAAAGGAAACGUAUACACACUACCGUCUGUGUCACUUUGGGUGGCUUAGCAAUGAACUGCUUUUCACUGUCAAAUGUAUCUCUGGUUCCCACAAGCAUUCCACCUCUUCUUUUCUGUCCUCCCCCACUGCUGAAGUUUAAGUUCUCCUUUUUUUUUUCUUAAACUUUUCAUGAAUCAUCAGUACCUCUUGCCUUAGAUUCAUCAGCUCAGCAUGAGUGUUUAGCAGCAAGCAGUGAAUGAAGCAUUAUUGUCCAACCUUGAAUGACAUUCUUUAAAUUAUAAAACCUCUUAUUUCAGUGCGUCUAAUAAUAUGAGUUGUUUCUGUGUGAGUUUCCAAGGGGUUUGUUUUGGCCACUACAGGUCUGUCAGAGUGAGAAAGUAGUCCUCUGCCAUGUGCUCCACGGCUCCAGAGCCACAUUCUCCACCAGCCCUUUGUCUGCAGAAGUGUCAUUACUUCUGGAAUAUUGCGGCUCCAUCUCGGACCAGGGUAGGCUCUGCCCCACCUAGUGGCCUCCCAGAAACCUAGGCUGAAGGGCCUCCACCAUCAGGGACAUCCUGGUCAUUAUGGUGGGAAGACAACAUGGCAAACUGCCCAUCUACGCAUUUCCACAGAAAGUCCCUCUAAAGAGCUGCCUGCCAGCUGCCCUUCCCCAGAUAUUGAAUGCACCUCGGCCCUGGUGGAGCAGAGAACCGUCAUUCUGCUGGUCAUGCUGAGCUCAUACUCUGAUGGCUGUUUCAUGACGUCAAGACUGGGUCCCCUCUCUUCUGCCGCAUUACCAAUGCCUGGGCUCACGAGGUUAGUUUUGAGCCCAACAUUAUGGCAUCGUCAACCUCCUGCCCAGCUCCUCGCUCCCGGCCCAGGAAGCCUCUGGGCAAGAUGGCUGACUGGUUCAGGCAGGCAAUGUCGAAGAAGCCCAGUAAGAGGCCCGAAUCCCCAGGAAGUCCCCCUAGUGACGUUCCUCAGCCGAGCUCCCAGGACCGCCGGCCAUCCCUGGGCCACGGCUCAGCCCGGUCCCCCACUCCCCCACCAGCACACGUGGGCACCAGCAGCGGCGGCACCAGCAGUGGCAGUGGCAGUGGCCGCUGGAGCAAGGACUAUGAUGUCUGCGUGUGCCACAGUGAGGAGGACCUGGUGGUUGCCCAGGAACUGGUGUCCUACCUGGAGGACAGCAGUGCCAGCCUGCGCUGCUUCCUGCAGCUCCGGGAUGCAACCCCAGGUGGCGCCAUCGUGUCCGAGCUGUGCCAGGCACUGAGCAGCAGCCAUUGCCGCGUGCUGCUCAUCACCCCGGGCUUCCUCCGGGACCCUUGGUGCAGGUACCAGAUGCUGCAAGCCCUGAGUGAGGCCCCUGGGGCAGAGGGCCGUACCAUCCCGCUGAUGUCAGGCCUCACCAGAGCCGCCUACCCCGCUGAGCUGCGCUUCAUGUACUUCGUGGAUGGCCGGGGCCCUGAUGGUGGCUUUCGCCAAGUCAGAGAAGCUGUCUUGCGUUAUCUGCAGACCUUUAGCUGACACCUCUUGUAUCACCAUGGGACCCAGCAGGUUGGACACAGCUGGAAAGAGACUUAUUAGAGAGCCCAGGGCCUUGCAGGGCUGGAUUCAAGCAGAUGUGACGAGGCAUUAAGGAGCGAGCAUUUGCAGUGCUUUGUAUGUGAUCCUGGGACCAGAUUGCCCAUUAGGCUUCCAUUAUUGUGGGCUUCCCAGGAAAGCCGUGGGCAAACUGGGGACUCCCCCAGGAGGGCCGUGGGCAAGUUGGGGACUCCCCAGGAAGGCCAUGGGGAAGUCAGAAAUUGGAGGCGGUAGGAGAUGCUGAUACCAAGAUGGUCACCAAUGGUUUGCCUCCUGCCUAAAUUGGACAUGAAGCUGGCACAUACCUAAGUUGGCUUCCCCAGGAAUUGGGCACUGCUGUACAGAUGCAUCCCUCCUGAAGAGGUGCUCCAUCUGGUUAAUGAGCAGGAAGCCUACGCCGCGUGGCUCAGCGUGGAUGGUUUCCCCAGAUGCCUGCGGAGGCCCUGAACAGGCACCAGGAGAAAACAACAGGUACCGAGGCCUUCACACCCACACUACUAAUGCUCUGUUUCCCAGUAACUACAUGAAAGACGCACUCAGCACUGCGCUGUAUUUAUUCUUAUUGCAUGCGUGCUAAAAGGUCAAACCUAGAAACCGUUCUGAAUAGACCGGAGAGGGGAGGGCGUGCGUGGGGCGGGAGCGAGGAGCCGGUGGCAGGGCCGGUGGGGGUAGAGGAGGGAAGUCAGCCCGGGAACCUGGGCUCGAAAGCCCGCCCACCAGCGGUCUGGCUUUGGGGCCUCACCAGGGCUCUGGCUAGAACUCCUGCCCUUAAAGUAGCUCCUUCACCUCUGCACUGAGAGGAUCGGCAUUUUUCUCUUGGGGGAUAACCGUGUACCUUGUAAGACAGGCCAAGGUUUUCAUUUGUUGGUUCUCAGUAGGUUUGCUGUUGAACCGAAAUGAAUUUCUCAUUUCCCCAAGGUGUACUUUUGUGCCACUUCUCUUUCACUUCCCCCAACCAUGUGUCUCAUUUUACUGAAAA